UGGGAAUGGAUAUUGGCGAAGCUUCACUUGGUUUAGAUGGCCAUUGACGAGCUUCCCAGUGAUUCAGAAACUCAAACUCCGCUGCUAUUGGAGACAGUGGACGGCGCCGUUAACUUUCACGGCGGCCCUGUCCUACGAUCUACCUCUGGUGCUUGGAAAGCUGCUGCUUUCAUUAUCACUGUGGAAGUGGCUGAGAGAUUUGCUUACUAUGGAAUUAACUCCAACCUAAUAAACUAUUUGACGGGGCCUCUUGCUCAAUCAACGGUAACGGCAGCGGAGAACGUUAACCUCUGGUCUGGAACAGCGUCAUUGCUCCCUCUACUGGGUGCUUUUCUUGCUGAUUCUUUUCUUGGCCGUUACCGCACUAUCGUUUCUGCCUCCCUUAUUUAUAUUCUGGCGUUGAGCCUGUUGACUUUGUCGGCUAUUCUUCCCUCAGAGGGCCAAGCUGGUAGUUCUGAGCCCCAACUCAUAUUGUUCUUCUUUUCUCUUUAUCUUGUUGCUUUUGCACAAGGUGGACAUAAGCCUUGUGUUCAGGCUUUUGGAGCUGAUCAGUUUGAUGUGAAUCACCCAGAAGAACGCAGGGCGAGAAGCUCUUUUUUUAAUUGGUGGUAUUUUACCUUCACUGCUGGUCUCUUGAUCAGUGUUUCCAUCUUAAACUAUGUUCAGGAUAAUGUUGGUUGGGCUCUCGGAUUUGGAGUCCCUUGCAUUGCCAUGGUAAUUGCAUUGGCUGUUUUCUUACUCGGAACUUGGACUUACCGCUUUAGCAUCCCAGUUAAGGAACGAGGACCCUUUUCUAGGAUUGGUAGGGUCUUUUUGGUUGCACUCAACAAUUGGCGAAUCACUCCUUCGCCAAUCGCCUCUCAAGAGGAAGCUCCUCCCACUCUGCCUCGCCAAGAAGACUCUCAACAGUUUAGUUUCCUAAACAAAGCAUUAAUUGCAUCAGACGGUUCAAAGGAAGAGGGAAAAGUUUGUAGUGUUGCUGAGGUUGAAGAAGCAAAGGCAGUCCUCAGGCUUGUUCCAAUAUGGGCUACGAGUUUAAUUUUCGCUAUUGUGUUUGCUCAAACUUCUACCUUUUUUACCAAACAAGGUGUUACAAUGGACAGGAAAAUUUUUCCGGGAUUUUAUGUACCUCCUGCGUCUCUUCAAUCCUUCAUCAGCCUCUCCAUUGUGCUUUUUCUUCCCAUUUAUGACCGCAUUAUUGUCCCCAUAGCAAGAUCUUUUACUGGUAAACCCUCUGGCAUAUCAAUGCUACAGAGAAUUGGAACUGGAAUGUUUCUUUCCGCAAUUUCUAUGGUAAUUGCAGCUUUUGUGGAGAUGAAAAGACUCAAAAUGGCUCGUGACCAUGGGCUGAUUGAUAUGCCAAAUGUGACAGUUCCAAUGAGCAUUUGGUGGUUAAUUCCUCAAUAUGGCGUGUUUGGAAUCGCUGAUGCCUUUACAAUGGUAGGUCUGCAAGAGUUUUUCUAUGAUCAAGUCCCAGAUGAAUUAAGAAGCGUAGGUCUUUCCUUCUAUCUAAGUAUUUUUGGGGUUGGGAGCUUUCUAAGUAGCUUUCUCAUAUCUGCUAUUCAAAAUGUAACAUCCAAACAUGGCCGUGAUAGCUGGUUUGCUAGUAAUCUUAAUCGGGCGCAUCUUGAUUAUUUCUAUGCACUUCUAGCUGCUCUCAGUGCGGUGGAGUUAUGUGCCUUCUGGUUCUUCUCAAAAUCUUAUGUUUACAAGAGAACAACCACAUAGAAGAAGCUGGAAAUCUGCAACCACCUUUACUUCCACUUUGUUUAAUAGCCAAUAAGAAUGUAAUCGGCUGACUAUUUUGCACGAGAAUAAAUCUAAUCCUUUUGUUGGAC